CUGUUGAAUGUUAGUUACACUGCAUUCUACAAGGUGCAUUCUAUAACGUCCCAUUGCUGUCCCGAACAUUUGACGCCUGGAGAUUUAGGAAGGUCAACCACUUCCCGUCACACACGAAGGAUGUGGUGCGGUAUUUCCGCUCCGCAAGUGACAUCUCACCUUGUGAUUGACAAAGGCGCCCGCCUUGGCGCGGGUCAGAAAUAUGGGCAGCAUCCUGGUUAAAUGCGCGGUGGCGGACAUGGCCAUUCAGUGGGCACUCUGGGCGGUGUCGAGCAUUCUCCAAACCGAAAAGUUUUUUGACUUGGCAGGUUCUGGAACUUUCGUCAUAUUGACCUACCUGAGUUAUAGGUGGAACGGCACGAAUUACCCGAGACAGCGGAUACAGUCGGCAAUGGUCACCACAUGGGGCUUGAGACUGGGCUUGUUUCUCCUCUUAAGAAUGCUAAAGGAAGGCAAGGAUCGACGCUUCAAUCAAGUACGCAACAACCCUAAAACUUUCUUUGUUUAUUGGACUUUUCAAGGUAUAUGGAUCUUUCUCACACUCCUCCCAACGUUAAUUUUAAACACUGAGGAAAAGGACACGCCUUUGUGUGCCCAAGACUUCACUGGAUGGGUAAUCUGGACAUUGGGCUUUGUUCUGGAAGCAGUUGCAGACCACCAGAAGUGGAAAUUCAAAAGUAAUGUUAAAAAUGCUCACAAAUUCAUUCAAAAAGGACUUUGGGCUUUUUGUCGACAUCCAAACUACUUGGGCGAAAUGCUUCAGUGGACCGGCUUGUUCAUCUCUGCAUCUACUGUAAUGACGGGAAUAGAGUACAUCAGCAUCUUCUCGCCCGUAUUUCUAUGGUUCUUACUAACCCAUGUCAGUGGAAUUCCAAUGCUGGAAAAGCAUGCCAUGAAGAAGUGGGGACAGGAUCCUGCUUACCUUGAAUACGUCAGACGUACUCCAGCACUGUGGCCGUUCAGAUUUUAAUGCAAGCUUCCUUCACUGUCUGCUACCCACAUUCAUUUUGUAGAUCUUUGGGUUAGAACAGGCAGUCAAUGGGUUUCUUGCUCAACAGACUGGCUUGUUAAAGCAAACGUUCCAAAAA